CAUGUGGUGUCUGUCAAAACAACUGUCAGAUGUGGUCCAAUGCAAACUUUAAUCGGUGAAAUUGCCGACGUUUUAUCAAUUCUCGUUUAUUAUCUACUAGAAAUUAUAUAUUGGAUACUUUUUAGUGUAAUAUACGUGUUAAAAAUAAUAUUACACCAAUGUUUUAAGCCCAAAAUGACACAAAAUACGAUGAAAGAAAAGAGGGUACAAAAGAAAGAAACCGUUGCUUUAAGAGGUAUGAUCGACGCUAACUGGCAUAAACUAUUAUCAAGUAGCUUAGUAAAGGAUAAAACUAAAGAAGUCACCCAAAAGGAGAAACUCUACACUGGUAUAUUCCGACGUGAUCGAAAGAAAAACAUGGAGGCGGUAAACACGAAUUUAGAAUCAAUGCGAUUAUCUAACAAACUAAAAGAUACCAUAAACAAUACAGCAAGCGACAAAAAAGGUUCAUUAACAAAAUUUAUAGCUAUGGAUUGCGAAAUGGUUGGUAUUGGCUAUAAUGGGGAAGAUCAUAUGCUUGCAAGAGUUUCUUUAGUUAAUAAAUUCGGCGACUGCAUUUACGAUAAGUAUGUAAAACCUAGAGAGGAAGUAAAAGACUACAGAACCGAAGUCAGCGGUAUACGUAGAGAGAAUCUAAUCACCGGGGAGGAAUUUUCAGUUGUACAAAAAGAGGUUGCGGGGAUAUUACAAGGAAGAAUUCUUGUUGGCCAUUCUUUAAAGAAUGAUUUGAAUGUUUUAUUUCUAUCACAUCCGAAGACUAAAAUAAGGGAUACGUCUAGAUAUACACCAUUUAGAAAGAUGAAAAAAGGUGGGACACCGUCAUUAAAGUUUUUAGCAAAAGAGAUACUUGGUACAGAUAUUCAACACGGAGAACACAGUUCAGUGGAAGAUGCUCGAGCUGUGAUGCAGAUAUAUUGUACCGUUGCUAAAACAUGGGAAACUACAUUGAAUACGAAACGUACGUACAGUAAACGAGCUGUCGAAUAAUUUACAUUAUCACCAUAUGUCCGCUCCGAGGGGCUCGGAGCCUACCCUAAGUUAUAGUUUGUCUAAAUAAG